AGUUGUAGAGGAAAUGUUAGGACAUCUAUAUGCAAAACCUCCAUCAGCUGAGGUUUACCUUGAAUCUCGGGUCGCAGAUGUUAAUGGUCCAGCCUCUGAUAAUCAUUCCUCUAAGACUCUUAUAAAUACUUCAUUGCCAACUUUGGAGGAUAAAAGUGAGCUGUUUAAAGAAAAUGGUGACCUCUCUAAUUCUUCAACAAGUUUAUCGGAUAAAACCCUACAAGAAGCAGCCUCACCUCUGCCAGAACAAACCCUCAUGGAGAAAGAGAAUAAAACUGAUUUCAGAGUGAUUUCCAAAUCACCUAUAGAGACAGAAGACAAAACCCCCAGCCCAGCACAACCCCUGGAAACGUGGAAGUCAUCAAGCAAUGGAAUUCAGAAACUUGUUAUUACAAAAACUAAAGGAAAAUACCGUAAGAAGCAGCCUGAAGGAGCUCCGCCUGAAGAAACUAGCUCAGACAAUGAAAGCCAAUCGGAUGAUUCAAAUGACAGCAGUAAUGACUCGGGCAACAGUUCUAGCAGUGAUAGUGCAAGUGGUAGUACCACUAGUGAUUCUGGUGAUGUCACAACUCACCCGCCUCAAAGAAAUAACUCAAGUGAGCAUCAGGAGACACAACUUUAUUUAGGGAAACAUAUGGAUGAAAGUCCCAAUGACGAACCUCCAUCAGAUGAAGAUGAAGAUCUAGAGCCUCUGGAUUUAAAAGCUAGACCAGACUUUCCUAGUCCAGCCCAUGACGUUAGCACCUCUCUUUGUUUAACGUCAGAAACAUGUCCGGAACAAGACAGUGACUCAAUGCCCACUCCUCUGGACUUGUGUAUCAAAAAACAUGAGGAUAGUGCAAUGACCCUUCAAACAGAAGAGAUUUUUUGUACAGAUAAUUCCUGUAUCCCAUUGUCGUCUACAGCUCCCUUAUUGGUUAGUUCCACAGCCAGUAGUAAACCAUCUCCUAGUGGAGCUCAGAAGCACAGAAGAAAGCCCAAGAUUGCAGAAGAUAUUGAGCGUAAACAAAAAAGUGAAUUAAAACAAAAAAGAAAUGCUCAAGUGAAGCAUCAGCAACGACUUACCCAGAAAUUGCAGGCUUUGCAACAAAAAGAAUUUGCUGAAACUAAAGUCAUUCCACAGUUUCCUGUUACCUCCUUUCCUUCAGACCUUAUAAUAUGUCCCGUACCAACUAAAACCCAGGUUAAAAGAGGAAAGCAUGCUGAGACCGCAAACAACACUACUUUUACUGUUGUAACAACCAAUAACAAGGCAAGUUUACAGUCCACAGGGAAGGGUAGCCAGUCAGUAACUUUAAAUGUUGAAAAGUUAAUGUCAUAUAUGCUUCCCCAGAGUUCUCCAAGUAGGGGCCGUGGCAGGGGUAGACCAAGGGGUAGAGGUCGAGGAAGAGGACGACCAUCGGUAGACAGCUCUUCACAAAGGAGAGAGAAAAGUCCUAGACGCCAAACUCAAAGAAACAUUUCUAGUGAAAAUUUGUCUGUUGAUGAACCUACAAGUGAUUCUAAGUCAUCUUCUGAAUGUGAAGCCUCAGAUGUAUGUGACGAUGAUGACAUUGAUGAUGAAGAUGAGAAAUCUGCCACUGCUAAAAUUGCCAGUAGUGGCUUAACAUCUACAUCAGGUCGAGGGACAAAGCGACAUAACUAUGGAAGUGAAGUAGGGUCUUCCCCAAAAAAGAAAAGAAUUUUACCCGAUGAAACGGAAAUCAGGAUUCCAUUAGAACAUGGAUGGCGUCGUCAAACUAAGAUUCGAUGUUUCAGUCGCUCAGGAGUUCGUGGAGAAGUUGUGUACUUUGCUCCUUGUGGGAAGAAACUAAGAAACUAUCCAGAAGUAGUUCGGUACCUCCAACGGCAUGGUAUAACUGACUAAUGAUAAGGUUCUUAAUAUUAAGGGUUUAACAUGUUUUCUAUUGAUGUUUUAACAGUACCUCCAAUGGCAUGGUAUAACUGACUAAUGAUAAGGUCCUUAACGUUAUGGGUUUAACAUGUUUUCUAUUGAUGUUUUAACAGUACCUCCAACGGCAUGGUAUAACUGACUAAUGAUAAGGUUCUUAAUAUUAAGGGUUUAACAUGUUUUCUAUUGAUGUUUUAACAGUACCUCCAAUGGCAU